GUUUCGUGAGUAGACAGUGCCCCUGAUGGUUGGGGCCGGUACUGCAGGUACCAGUCUGAGGAAGGAGGCGUGUAGGAGCCAACCCGCUGCUAUCGCCUUUACCUGCAUGAAUAUAACCCAAGUGUUUGUUGGUGGUCAGUAAAACAGCAGCCGUGCCACGCCGCGCCCCCACCCCCAGCGGAGCCGUCAUGUGGCAGGAGGCCCGCAAGCAUGAGCGCAAGCUCCGCGGCAUGAUGGUCGACUACAAACGCCGGGGCGAGCGCAGACGAGAAUACUACGAGAAAAUAAAAAAAGAUCCAGCUCAGUUUCUCCAGGUCCAUGGCCGAGCCUACAAGAUCCAUCUGGAUCCUGCUGUGGCGUUGGCUGCAGAGAGCCCUGUGAACAUGAUGCCGUGGCAAGGAGACGCCAACAACAUGAUUGACAGGUUUGAUGUAAGGGCUCACCUGGACUACAUCCCCACCUACACUCCUCCUCUGCUCAGCACAUCCUCUCCUGAGCAGGAGAUGGAGGAGAGGAGGUGUAACUAUGAGCGCUACAGAGGCCUAGUGCAGAACGACUUUGCCAACAUCUCUGAGGAGCAGUGUUUAUACCAGAUCUACCUGGAUGAGCUCUACGGUGGCCUGCCCAAGCCAGACGACGAGAAGAAAAAACUGGCAGAGAAAAAAGCCACUAUUGGUUACACGUAUGAAGACAGCACCGUGACGGAGCCCGAGCCUCAGUCAGACAAAGAUGAAGACAACUCGGAAAAUAGUGAAUCUGAAGAGGACGAGGGCAUCCCAGAUAUAGAUGUGGAGGUUGAUGUUGAUGAGCUGAACCAGGAGCAGGUGGUGGACCUGAACAAAAUGGCGACUCCUUAUGGAAUGGCUGAAGGCGACUUCGUCAGGAUGUUGAGGAAAGACAAGGAGGAAGUGGAGGCCAUCAAACAUGCCAAAGCUCUGGAGGCGGAGAAGGCCAUGUACUCUGGCCGGCGCUCUCGCAGACAGAGGAGGGAGUUCAGGGAGAAGAGGCUAAAAGGAAGACAGAUCAGUCCACCGAGCUACGCCAGGAGAGAUAGUCCAACUUACGAUCCCUACAAACGGCCAGAGUCGGAAUCCAGCUCCGAGUCUCGCUCGCGCUCUCGUACCCCUGGUCCAGAGAAGAUCACCUUCAUCACCAGCUUCGGAGGCAGCGAUGACGAAUCCGCUGCAGCAAAAACACAACCACCCGUUCCUCACUCUGGCCACGCCCCCUCCACCUUGCAGCACUCGGCAGGUCAUAGCAGGGGCUCCCGGAGACGAAGGUCGUCCUCCAGCCGCUCCCCCUCAUCCUCGUCCCGCUCCUCAUCUCGGUCUUCGUCUCGCUCGUCCUCCCGUUCGCGGCGAGCUCGGCGAGGACGCGGGGGAAGGGACGCUCGGCGUUCCUGGAGUCACUCGCGGUCGAGGCGGCGCUCCAGGUCUCACUCCAGAGGUAGAGGAGGGAACGGGGGGACCGGGUCCUGGAGGAGACGGGACCGGUCACGGGACCGGUCACGGUCACGGUCGCGGUCCAACAACAGAGGCAGAGACAGAGAGAGGGACAGGGACAGAGAGAGGGACAGGGGACGGUUCUCGGCGCGCAGACGGACCAGGUCCCGGUCCAGCUCACGGCAAGGCGGCAAUUCCAGGCGAGGGGGGAGGAACAGCGGGGGACACCGACGGGCAGACAGCGGCAGCCGCAGUCCCUCUCAGUCUCCCGUCAGACAACACCACAGUCCCUCCCCAGGUCACAGAGGGAACCAGCCUGCUACCAUCUCUAUCUCUGACAAGCUAAGAAAGCCUGACACUGCGGGUGGUAAAGAGACGGGAGCUGCCAAACCCAAGAUGACCCCACAGGAGCGGCUCAAGUUACGAAUGCAGAAGGCGCUCAACAAGCAGUCCAAGGCGGAUAAGAGAGCCGCUCAGGUGAAGAUCCAGCAGCAGGAACACAAACGACAGGAGCGAGAGGGAGAACUGCGAGCCAUGGCACGCAAGAUACGCAUGAAGGAGCGUGAGCGCCGUGAGAAAGAGAGAGACGAAUGGGAAAGGCAGUAUGGGCGGCAGAGCCACUCGCCUUCCCCUUCCAAAUAUGGCCGAGAGCACAGCUCACACAGAAGGAGGUCAAGAUCUCGGUCGCGGAGUCCUUAUUACAAACACUGAGGUGACGAGAGGGAAAUGUGACGCAUCUGACUGAACCCACAUCAUCGCACAUACUAUCCAACAUCAGCCAAAUAACAAGGAAAUAUGAAGUGAUGGUUGAUUAGCUGCUUGCUGAUAAACCAACAAACAAAUGUACACCUGGACUCGCGUGCUCUCUGGGACUGUUUGUGUUUAAAAAAAAAAAAAAAAAAGAUUCCUUUAAAUUUACACAGAUGGUUGAUUCAGCUACAUUGAGUUUGAGCUGUCGUUUUCAUUUCUGCUCUUUCUUAUUAAAUGAGUUUCCGGUUUCUUCUGCAUGCGCCUUCUUUUCUUUCUCAACACUUCUUCCCACCUGAAGACAAUUCUUCAGAGUAUGUAACGCUGAGCAAUAUCUGAAGUUACAUCAUGCAUCUUCCUCUCGUCGCCGUGAUCUCCCACAUUUCACCGUUUUGUUCCAACAGGAUCCGUUUGGUCUCAUGAACCGAUGUACAGAAUAUUUAUACGCAUCCGUAUGAAGCUACUUCUUUAUCGAUUGCUCUUUUUGUACUCUGUCCUCAGCCAGCCGGUCAACAACAGCAGACUUUUUUGUUUUGUUCUGAGUAACAUUGAAUGAUAAAUGCAAAACCACAAAUAAAACUUUGAAAUGA